UCCAGCUUGGGUUCCUCCUCUCUAUCCUUUCACAAGUUCCUCCCAAAUUCUUAGCGUCUCUCUUUCGUGUUCAAUAUUUCUGUCCUUGAGAAAGAAAUAUAAAGAAAAAGAACGGAGGCAGCAAUGUGCUUGACUUGUGACUUAAGAUCUAGGAUGUUCUAAGAAUGCGAUAUGGACGGGUGUUAAUGAUAUAAAGUUGUUUUGUUUGAUAGUCCUUCAUCUUAUUGAUACGGAUGAGUCAUGCGCGAAUGAUGAUAUGACAUGUAAGAUGUGUCUUUUUCUUUUUUUUCUUGACCCGCUUCGAUUGAUCUCGUGGUUGCUCUCCCUUUCCUUGCUUGGCUCUUUUCUUGGACUUCUGAGCUCUCACGGCGAAUUGGAUCAAAUAAUUGUCGAAUCCAUCGAUUGAUUUCAUUUGAUGGGCGUGGAUCUAUGAUCGAUCCGAAGUCAGUGGCGCAAGAAGAAGAGGAGAUGAACGCGAGCCGCCCGGCGGUGCACCCGGUUGAGGCCACGCCGCCGCUCACGGAGGCUGCAGGUAACCCCUUGAUGGUGCGGAUGAAGGACGUCCAGGGCUCGCCGGCGACCCCUGGUGGCCUCGCCCUCCGCCUUUCCCAGUCUUUCCUCGCCGCCGCCGCCCUCUGUGUAAUGGUCACCACCGCGGAUUUCGCUUCCGUCACCGCCUUCUGCUACUUUGUGGCAGCAGUCAUCUUGCAAUGCUCGUGGAGUCUUUUAUUAGCUUUUGUGGAUUUGUAUGCUCUUCUAGUCAAGCGUUGCUUGCGGAACUCGUCUGUGCUUUUCUUGUUCACCAUUGGUGAUGGGAUCACUUCCACGCUGACAUUUACAGCAGCCUGUGCAUCUGCUGGCAUCACAGUUUUUAUCAGUAAUGAUAUGAACAAAUGUGCUGGGAACCACUGCACAAGCUUUGAGACUGCCACAGCAAUGGCCUUCCUAUGCUGGUUUGCUGUCUGCCCAAGUUUUCUGUUGAAUUUUUGGUCGCUCGCUUCUCGAUAAGAAGAAAAUCAAUGUUUUUCUUUUUAUUAGUUGCACCUAGCAGUGUGAUCCAUAUUAUCUUUUUUUUGUGUGUGUUUGUAAAUCACUAAAGAAGACCCUGUGAACUGUCAUAUGUAUAUACAGUAACUAGGAUUGAGGAUAUUGGAUAUUAAUACAGUAAAAAGAAAAGUAUUCCAAUUUGCUAAGUGCUUGAUUUUCCAAA